AUGUCGGCCGAGCUUCGAUCGCUUCACGUUCUCCCAAAUGAGACGCCCGUUUGCAGUCUCGAUUGCAAGACUGCCUUUGAGACGUUGACGGAAAAGGAACGCCUUUACGCCCAUCACCUCUCCAAAGCUUCUUAUGAUGGAUCGCUUGCCGUCUUUUUGCAGGUUUCGCCCGAAGCCGCUGGACUUUUUGUCGUCUUCCAUCGACUCUUCGCUACGGAGUCCGUUGAAUCGUUGAAGAAAAAGGCUUUGGGAAAUGGCUGGACUGAAGAAGAAUUCGCGGCUUUUCUCGUUUAUGUCGCCGGUUUCUACAAUAACAGCGGCAACUACAAAGGAUUUGGAGAUAGCAAAAUUGUGCCUGGAGUUUCAACGGAAAAGAUCACCUCCUUGGUGACAGCAUCAGAUGCAGUCUCAAAAUACCCCGAGCUCCUCUCCACCUAUCAUGCCAUCGAGCAACUCAUUUGCAGCCUUCAGCAAAGGGAGCUGCAAUUGGGAUUUUGCCAAUCGGGUAUCACCACAUAUCAUUGUGAAAGUGUGACGAAGGAGGACGCUCAGUUCAUAGAUCGUUUCUGCAAGGAGCACAAUAUUGAGACGUGGAACACGAGGCUUUUCAAGGAUACCGAAAAGCGCAAUGGCAAGACGGUGUUCCGGAUUGUGAAUGCUAGCUCGAUCACUGAAGGCUGGCGUGAGGAGGAAUUCGAGGAAGCGAUCGUUGUCGUUGAAAGGGGAGACUACUCACCGUUGAUGGCCAGAGCCGCUGAAAGCCUUCGAAAGGCAAAAGACUUCGCCGCAAACGACAACCAAGUGCAAAUGUUGGACAAGUACGUUAACCACUUCACCACCGGGGAUUUAAAUGAUCACAAGGAUGGAUCCCGUUUCUGGAUCAAGGAUCAAAAUCCGGCGGUUGAGAGCUACAUCGGAUUCAUUGAAAACUACAGAGAUCCAGCCGGGACUCGGUCAGAGUUUGAGGGAUUCGUUGCAGCGGUGAACAAGGAGACUUCAAAGAAGUUUAAGGUACUUGUCGAUCGCGCUGAGGAGCUUCUCGAACGAAUGCCGUGGGGAAAAGCUUAUGAAAAGGACAGAUUCCUGAAACCCGAUUUCACCGCCUUGGAUGUGAUCAGCUUUGCGGGAAGUGGCAUCCCAGCUGGAAUCAACAUCCCUAAUUAUGAUGAGAUCCGUCAAAACGAGGGCUUCAAGAACGUCUCGUUGAGCAAUGUCAUCUCGGCAACACCCAAACAAAAGAUGAACUUCUUGGAUGAGAGAGACGAGGAUCUCAUGUUCAAAUAUCACAAGGACUCGUUCGAAGUUCAGGUCGGUCUUCACGAGCUUCUCGGUCAUGGAAGUGGAAAACUCUUCCAACGAAACGCUGACGGAACUUUCAACUUCGAUCAAGAUACGACGAAUAUUUUGGAUGGUGGAAAGAUAACCACCUGGUACGAGCAAGGAGAGACUUGGGGCAGCAAGUUCGGUGCACUCUCUGGUCCCUAUGAAGAAUGCCGAGCUGAGGCGGUUGGAUAUGUGCUUUGCUGUGAUGAGGAUAUUCUCAAGAUCUUUGGCUAUGAGGGUGAGCUCGGACAAACGGUGAAAUACGUGAACUGGCUGAGCGAGAUCCGCGCCGGUUUGAUGGCCUUGGAGUUCUACAAUGCGGAUUUGCAGAAAUGGGGACAGGCUCACUGCUACGCUCGCUACGUUCUGACUCAAGUGUGCCUGGAAGCCGGCCAAGAAUUUGUGACCAUUGAGGAAGUGACUGGUGAAGAUGGAAAACCUGAUCUAAAAUUCAAGCUUGAUCAGAACAAGAUCGACUCGGUUGGAAAGCCAGCUGUUCGGGAAUUCUUGAAGAAGCUUCAGCACUACAAGACAACCGGUGAUGCGGCUGGUGGAACGGCUUUGUUUGAGGGAUAUGGAAAGGUGACCGAGAAAGAGCUCGUUUGGAGGAAUAUCUGCAUCACUCGCCGCAAGCCUCGCCGUCUCUUCGUCCAAGCAAACACCCGGCUCAAUGGAGAGAAAAAUGCCGAACUUGUCACUUAUCCAGAGACUUUUGAGGGAAUCAUCGCUUCUUUCGUUGAGAGGUACGACUCGGCUGCCAUCGACGAUCUCGAGCUCUGCUGGAAGGAGCAAAAGAAAUGGUGGCCCACCGCUUUUGGAAAACAC